CCACCACCGCCGACAACCCUCUCCCCUCCACACCAAUUGGCAGCCGCUGCACGCAUCAUGGCUUCCCAGCGAGUGUUCCAGCUUGGCCUGCGACGGGCAGUCGCCCCGAGCUUCAUGAUCCAGCCCGCCGGGCGCAUGGUCCAACGCAGACUGGCAAACACGAUCAGCAAGGAAUCUGGCGAGGAAAUACUCGCCAAGCAGCGCCUUCACCGUCCCGUCUCCCCGCACCUUUCCAUCUACAAGCCGCAGAUCACCUGGUACGCCUCCGGCCUCAACCGUCUUACCGCCGUCAUCCUCAGUGGGGGUCUAUACAUCUUCGGCAUCGCUUACCUCGCGGCUCCCACGCUCGGAUGGCACCUCGAGAGCCAGUCCCUGGUCGCUGCGGUCGCCGCAUGGCCGCUGUGGGCUAAGGCCGCCGCCAAGUUUACCGUCGCGAUGCCCUUCUUCUUUCACAGCGUGAACGGCUUGAGGCAUUUGGCUUGGGAUGUCGGUGUUGGAUUCAAGAACGCCACCGUUGCGCGAACCGGCUGGGCCGCCGUUGCCGCCACCUUUGCAUUGUCGGCCUACUACACCUUCCUCCACUAGAGGUGAAGGUCGAAAGAUGGGGGCCAUGUGCGAACCAUGUCGAGGAACGACUAGAGAUGGAGGUUGAAAGGCGGAGGACAUGUGCGAAACAUGGCGAGGAAACAUGCUAGCGCUGGGUGUCGGUCAAAGUCGGGCGGUAGUAACGAGCAAGAGCGAGCAAGACAAGAGGUUGAGGGGGAACAAUUGUACAUUUUCUGUUUGAAACAUUCAAGGUUAGCCGCAAUCGAUCUAUUAAACAUGAGCGCUUGAGCCCGUACCAAUUGGCUUGUCUCGAUAUUGGAAAGUCCGGAUGGGUUGUGCGCGCUUCUGACUUUCGACCUCGAGCUUGAGCCAUGAAAAAACCCGUCACGGACUCAGUAAUAAGUAUGGAUAGUGAACGCCGUAGUCACAGAGUGCUGAGGGGCGUUUGGUCUCUCCU